AUGUUGAUUCUUCUGGCUUUCAUUAUUGUGUUUCACAUAACUUCAGCAGCGCUGUUGUUCAUCUCAACCAUUGACAAUGCCUGGUGGGUAGGAAAAGACUUUUCUACAGAUGUCUGGAAUGUCUGUAUCAAUAUCACCAACUGUACAGCCAUUAAUGAAAACAAUUCAGAAUAUCAGUCUGUGCAGGCUAUUCAGGCCACCAUGAUCCUGUCUACUAUUCUGUGUUGUGUUGCAUUUCUGGUUUUCAUUCUUCAACUCUUCCGCCUAAAGCAAGGAGAAAGAUUUGUGUUAACUUCUACUAUCCAGCUGCUGUCAUGUCUCUGUGUUAUGACUGCAGCAUCCAUUUACACAAAUAGGCAUGAAGAUCUGCACAAGAGUAAUGGAUACGAGUUUGAUGUUCGUAGUGGCCAGUAUGGAUAUUCCUUCAUCUUAGCCUGGAUUGCAUUUGCUUUUACUCUGAUCAGUGGUGUCAUGUACCUAGUAUUAAGGAAACGUAAAUAA